AUGCUUGUAAAGUCAACCUACUCUCAUCUUCUUCUUGCACCUCCACCUCCACCUCCACCUCCACCACCACCACCACUACCACAACCACAACCACCGUCUCUACUAUCACUCCAAUGGGCAGCAACCCUCAAAAACGAUCAAAGAGAUCUCAAGAGGGAAACAAUGUCAGCGACCCAAAAGAAACGCCAUCACCCUUCCUAUCGAGGUGUAAGAAUGAGGAGUUGGGGCAAAUGGGUGUCUGAAAUUCGUGAGCCAAGGAAGAAAUCAAGGAUAUGGCUUGGAACAUUCUUAACAGCUGAGAUGGCAGCCAGAGCCCAUGACGUGGCAGCAAUAGCCAUAAAAGGCCGUUCAGCUUACCUCAAUUUCCCUGACACCGUGCAUCUACUUCCACAGCCAGCCACCACAUCACCUAAGGACAUUCAAGAAGCGGCGGCUAAGGCUGCAGCUUCAUGUGGCGGAGAUGAACCCCAAUCACCUAGUAAUACAGUUCUUUCUCACUCUAAUUCAUCAAACACUUUAUCAUCAUCAGAUAACACACAAGAUUCAGUGGCAUCCAUAGUAGAAGACGAUGAGGCAUUCUUUCAACUGCCAGAUCUUUCUCUAAACAGCAACCAUAGGAGCGAUAUGUUUGGCUAUUACCAUUCAUCAUGGCAUCUGGGGCCUGAAAUUGAUAUCGACUUUAGGCUUCAAGCAGAAGAGCCAUAUCAUUGGGAUACAUCUGGCGUCAUAAUUUACCGAGAUGCUAGGAGAGUUAGUAAAGCCGUAAGACUGGUAGUUAUUAGUAAUUCAUUCAGUAAGUUGACCAGCCAUAUCCGAUGGUAA